UCUGCCUGCUGCUGCUCAAAGUCUCCCAGUAUAAUUCUGGCCUAUUCAUCUACUCUUAUAAAGCCAUUCGGGGGAUCUGGCUAGGGUGGCCAACUGCUCGGCAUCUCACUGUAUACCCAGAGUCGCAUAAUCUAAAUCAACUGCAGCUGGCUGACGGUUGUUUGCAAUUGAAGGGACGAUCAUGGCUAUUACUCCAGUCUUUGGAGCAAUUGGACGGUGCUGCCGCAGCAUACGGCCCUUUCUACUAUCGAGCCCUACACAAACAAUGUGCCAAAGACCCGCGAGUCGCUUGACCAGGAGUAUUGUGACUGCCUCGCUGGCCGGAUGUCCCGCCGCGCGUCGACCUCUGAGCGACGACUUGAGACGUUGGCUCUCCGCUCCACAGAUAAGACACUGCUCCUCUGCUCAUCACAUGUGUCAGAACGCUACUGCUGAGCGCAAUGUGUUGCCGACCAACGUCGUGCCAAAGCACUAUGCAGUUCAUCUCACUCCUGACAUGGAGGCAUUCACCUUUACAGGCAAAGAGGUGAUUGAUAUUGAGAUUGUCGAGUCGACAAACACGAUUGUCCUCAAUGCAGUUGAGAUUGAUGUCAAGUCAGCCCAAGUUGGCAGUGCCAAGGCGAGCGAAAUCUCAUAUGACAAGGAAGAAGGUCGGGUCACAUUGAGCUUCACAGAUGCAUUGGCCACCGGUGUGGCCAAGCUAGAGAUCGUAUUUGAUGGUAUCGUCAACGACUCGAUGGCUGGUUUCUACCGAUCAUCCUACAUCAACAAGAAGACUGGCAAGCAAGCCUUCUUGGGCACGACGCAAAUGGAAGCAACUGAUUGCAGAAAGGCCUUCCCCUGCUGGGAUGAGCCUCUGCUUAAGGCUACUUUUGGCAUCACCCUUACCACAGAUGAACAAAGCACCGUGCUAUCAAACAUGGAUGUUAAGGAAGAAAAUGUUGAGAAUGGUAAAAAGACCACGGUCUUCAACAACACUCCAAAGAUGUCCACAUACCUUGUUGCCUGGGUCAUUGGAGAUCUCGAGUAUAUCGAGACUUUCACACCUGGCGAGCACAUGGCAAAGAUCCCCGUACGAGUGUACAGUACGCCGGGACUUGCUCACCAAGGACAAUUCUCCUUGGACCUUGCCGCCAAGACUCUUGAGUUCUACAGCAAGACCUUUGACAUUGCUUACCCGCUGCCCAAGAUGGACAUGGUUGCUAUUCCCGACUUUGCCGCAGGCGCCAUGGAGAAUUGGGGACUGGUCACGUACCGUGUGGUCGACCUCCUCUUUGACCCCAAGACAUCAGGUGCCAACGUCCAAGAGCGUGUCGCUGAAGUUGUACAGCAUGAGUUGGCUCACCAGUGGUUUGGCAACUUGACUACCAUGCAAUGGUGGGACGGUCUUUGGCUCAAUGAAGGCUUCGCCACCUGGAUGUCUUGGUAUUCGGCUCACCACUUUUUCCCUGGAUGGAAUGUCUGGGACAAAUUUGUCACCGACACAAUGCAAGGCGCUCUCCGUCUCGAUGGUCUGCGCUCAUCUCAUCCCAUUGAAGUGCCUGUCAAGAGUGCAGAGGAAAUCAACCAGAUUUUCGACGCCAUCAGCUACUCGAAAGGCAGUUGCGUGAUUCGCAUGGUCUCACAGUUCCUUGGUGAAGAGGUCUUUAUGGCUGGUAUCCGACGUUACCUCAAAAAGCAUGCCUAUGGAAAUACUGUGACUGAAGAUCUUUGGGAGGCGCUCAGUCAAGAGUCUGGCAAGGAUGUGACCAAAAUUGCCGCCGUCUGGACGAAAAAGAUUGGUUACCCGGUAGUCUUUGCCACUGAGUCUGAUGGCGAAAUCCAGCUCAAGCAGAAUCGUUUCUUGACGACCGCCGAUGUCAAGGCAGAGGAGGAUGAGACCCUCUACUGCAUUCCGUUGGCCUUGCAGACAAUCGAUGCCGAGGGCAAUGUCAAGGUGGAUAGCGAAGCACGCUUGGACUCUCGCGAGUCAACCAUUAAAAUUGGCAGCGGUAACACUUACAAGCUCAACACUGGCCACUCCGGUAUUUACCGCACCAACUACACCCCGGAACACCUUGCCAAGCUUGGCUCCCUCGGUCAAAAAUCGCUUGCGCCUGCCGAUCGUGCUGGUCUUGUUGCUGAUGCAGGUGCAUUAAGCACUUCUGGCUAUGCAAAGACGAGUGGUCUCUUGUCCUUGAUUGAGUCAUGGAAGGACGAAAAAGCAUUCGUUGUUUGGUCCGAGAUCAUCGCUCGUCUGUCCGCUAUCGACGCAGCCUGGGCUUUUGAGGAUGAGAAGAUCCUGGAUGCCUUCCAAAACUACAAGCGAAAAUUGGUAGCGCCGCAAGCUCACAAGGCUGGUUACAAGUUCAGCAGUGAUCCUGAUGCAUUCGUGGAGAAUCAGUUGAAGAGUCUGUUAUUUGCUGCUGCCGCAUCUGCGAAGGAUCCCGAGACUGUCAGGGUUUCUCAAGGCAUGUUCGAAGCAUUUGUCGCGGGUGACCGCGAUGCCAUUGACCCGAAUCUUCGCGCAACAGUCUUUUCUACUGCCAUCAAGAAUGGCGGUGUCAAGGAGUAUGACUUUUUGAGUGAGGUUGCCAAAGACCACAGUUACCCACCAGAGAUCAAGCUCACCGCAUUGCGCUCACUCGGAUGCUCAAAGGACCCCAAACUUAUUGCUCGUACAUUGUCGCUCAUGGAGACCAAGGAUAUCAAGGAUCAGGACGUCGUUUACAUUUUUGUACCACUACGAGGUCACAAAGCAGGUAUCGAGGCCAUGUGGGAGUACUUGCGCAACAACUAUGCAGCCGUGGACAAGAGGUUGCCAAACUCGGUCGGUUCUCUUAAGAGCUCCGUCAUUAUCAGCAUGACCAGCGGAUUCACUCAAGCCAAGGCUGUUUCUGACAUCAAGGAAUUCUUCAAGGACAAAGACACGAAGGCUUUCAACAAGGGACUUGAGCAGGUGUGUGACUCUAUCUUGGCCAAGGCUGGUUGGCUUGAGCGUGAUGCCAAGGACGUGGAGCAAUUCUUGCAAAAGUACUUGUGACUUCCAAGGCUUUGAUGCGAAUGGCUGUCAUCUCAGAUAGACUAUAUAGCCAUUACAUUGCUAGGCCGUUUUGACGCAG